AAGAUGGCGGCUUCGGUGGGAGGCGCAGGCGGCCCUCCGCGGUUCUCUCUCCUGGUGGUCUUCGGUGCCGGGGGCGGCAGAGCCGGUCUGCGUAGGGCUGUGUUAGGGGCCGUCAGAGCCGGGAUUCGCUCGUGGGAUAUUGACCUGACCGCUUGCAAUCUUGACCAGCAGCUAAAACUCUUUGUAUCCCGUCAUUCGGCCACCUUCUCAGAUAUUGUAAAAGGUCAACGUGCUCUUCAUCACCGUGGAGAUAUCUUGGAGUCGUUAGUCUUGCUGAACCCAUCUGACAAGUCAAUCUGCGAUGAGCUCCGCAAUUUGAUCACUGAUUCUUCACGAAACAAGCUGCUGAUUUUUGCUGGGCCCUGUGUGGAGGAGACGGGGGAGCUGGUGCUCCAGACAGGCACUUUUGCAUUGCGGGACUUUAUCCAGGUCUUUGCUGACAAAGCGGUUGGGGAGUUUCUAAGCUCAGCAGACCCUUCAGCUAAGACCAGCUUGACUGUAGUUUGCCCAGACUUUGGGGUAUGGAAGGAUUCCAGGCUGGGCGAACACAACCUGUUGGAUUUCAUUGAUCUGCGGUUCAACCCCAGCUGUGUGCUGCCCGAGAUGGAGGGCUUACAGGAGUUCAUUGAAUAUCUUUCAGAGUCGCUAGAUCCCCAGUCACCUUUCGACCUCCUGGAGCCACCCAGCACCGUUGGCUUCCUGAAGCUGUCCAAGCCCUGCUGCUAUAUCUUCCCAGGUGGGAGGGGGGACUCUGCAUUCUUUGCCGUUAACGGGUUCAACGUCUUGGUGAACGGGGGCUCCAAUCCCAGGUCAUCCUUCUGGAAGCUGGUCCGUCACCUGGACCGCAUUGACUCCAUCUUGGUGACCCACAUUGGGACAGACAGCUUACCUGGGGUGAACAGUCUGCUGCAGAGGAAGCUUGUUGAGAUGGAGGAGGAUCCCUCGACGCAGGGCGCCCAGAAUGACGAUUGGGUGAAGAACCUCAUCUCUCCCGAGCUGGGCGUCGUCUUUCUCAAUGCCUCGGAGAAGCUGAAGACUAUAGAAGGAAACUCGGGCAUCCUGAAGAGCUGUGACGAGGGCAGUUUGGCCCUGCAGUACCUAGACAAGCUGGGCAUUAAGCCAAGCCCACUUUACCGGGGUGUUGGCCCCAAGGCAGAACCCACCGUUCUUUUCCAGAAGAUGGGUGUGGGGCGGCUGGACAUGUAUGUCCUCAACCCAGUGAAGGGCAGUAAGGAACUGGAGUUCCUGACGCAGCAGUGGUGCGGGAACGGUUACCCCAAAGGGCUGGAACUGCCCUUGCAGUGUGUAACCUCUAUCUGCGCUCUUCUGGUUUGGCACCCUGUGAGCCCCACGGAGAAGAUUGUUCGGGUCUUGUUCCCCGGUUGCACACCCCACAGCAAGAUCUUGGAAGGGCUGGAGAAAGUCAGACACUUGGAGUUCCUCAAGUAUCCCGUGAUUACUCAAAAGGAUCUGGAGUCUUUCUCCUCUUCUACGCAGCUCAAGCAGAAGCGGACGGAGAGCCAAGAGAGUCUCAAGUCAGCUUCUAGGCUGAGCCUUACAGAGCCAAGUGUGCCAGUUUCCAAGGAGAAGAGGGAACUGAAGCCAGCAAGCAUCCGAGAUCGACCGAAGGCGCCCAGUGAGACCUCAAAAGGUAGCGUUGAGGAAGAGAGAACCAAAGAGGCCAGGUCUAAGUUGGAAUCUUCAGUGGAGAGGCUCAAACAAGACGUGAGGCCUAAAUUGCCAAAGGAGAGGCAGAUACCCAAGAAGGAUGUGAAAAAGGAAGAGAAGAAGCCAGCGCCAAAGACAGAACCUGGCCAAGACAAGGACGUAACCAAGAAAGAGACAAAGAUGCUGAAGAAAGAGGUGGAUCCUCCCAGAAGAGAAAUAAAGAGAGAGGAGACCAAGAAGGACGUAAAGAUGGAGGAGAAAGUGACUAAACAGCCAGCUCGGAAAAUCCCAUCUGCAGAGGUCAAGAGACCACAGACCAAGAUGGGCAGUGUCAGGAAGUCUAUCCCCACCCUCAAAAAGGACUUGGAAAAGCCAAAGACGAAGUUGUCAAAGGACGCCGCCAGCACACAAAAGCCGCCUGGAGGUACCAAGGGAGGCAACUCAGAUGUGUCCAAAUCCUCACCAGAGAAUGGAAUGCAGGACCUGGAGAGGCCGAGGGGGAACUCUCGGCGGGGACCGUUAGGAGCAGAAUCAACUGAUGAAGGCAUCACCACAGCUGAGAGUGAGCUGGAACCUUCACCCCUGGACGGCAUGGGUUGUCAUGGAAAUGGGCCGGAGUGUGCUGGGAAUUGCCUGAGUGUGGGGGCAGAUCCAGAGAGCCCCCAGCCUUUCCGGCACCUGGAAGCCAGCUCCCCUCUGAAAGGCAUGGGCCCCCCCUCCCCGUUAGCAAAGACUCCCAAGAGUGAUCGGAGCGUCAACUUUGAGCUGACUCCCACAGAUAUCCGGAGAGGCCUCAACCACUGUCCGGAGACCGAGGAAGCCUGCGGCAGCUCCGAGGAAAAGACCCUUGAAAUGAUGUCCCCUUCCAGCUCUGCCCCAGCUAGCGCGGGCCACACCCCCUUCCACAUGUCCCCAGUCGAAGAUGCAAUCAUGGCCGAGGAGCCGGUGGCCAAUAUCAAUGCCUGGAGGACUGACGGUUCUGUCUCCUGCUCUCGGGCCUCGCGGGACAACUCCAGUUCGUCACAAGAGAGGCAGUCAGCAUGUCUCUCCCCCAGCCUCUUCCGCGACGACAUCCCAGAUGUGUCCCCCACCAUUACCACUCCUUCCCUGCCAGCAGAAGUGGGGUCCCCUCAUUCUACCGAGGUGGAUGAAUCGCUUUCCAUCUCCUUCGAGCAGGUUCUGCCCCCUGUCAACGAAUUCCCUCAAGAAGAAGUGGGGAACGUCCAUGCAGGGGGACUCACUCCAGAACCAGAAGUCUCGCUGGGCAAAGGUGGGUUGUCUUUGCCUGUCCGACCCUGUCACCACCACCAUCAUCACUCCAGUGCCCAGCGGUUGGAUGGCCACGUCCUGUCUCGGUCUGGCCGCCGUUCGGACUCCCCUCAUGAUGUGGACCUCUGCCUGGUGUCUCCUUGUGAGUUCGAGCACCCCAAGUCAGAAAGGUCCCCAUCGGUCAACUUCAGCCCCCGGGACAUGUCGAACAGCAGUGACUUCUCCCAAGAGUUGACCAAACCCCUAGCUCACAGGAAAGGCCCGAGGGGGCGCAAGCCACACCCUCUUAUCGAUGAGACUCCGCCUACUUCAUUCAGUGAAUCAUUGCCCACCCUCUCAGACUCUGACAUCCUGCCAGCCACCGAGGAGUGUCCUUCCAUUACAGCUGAUGGUGGGUUGGACUCAGAUGAAGAACCUGAGAGCCUGGCUAGGACCUGUGAUCCACUCCCAGUCCCCCUGAAGGAUCCGUGCCCCCUCCCUGCCCAGCCAGGCAUCUGCAUGGUGGACCCAGAGAAAGAGGGGGCUGCCAAGGCCAAGAGGGCCCCGUCGCGGGUGAAUUCAGCACCCCCGAAAGCAGAUACCGCGAAAGCUUCGGCGCCAGCCAGCAAGACCAAAGCCUCUUCUUCCAGUUUAGUGGACAAAGGGCGGCUGCCCUCUCUUGGGAAAAGCGAGUCUUCAGCAUCCCGAGCCAGUGGGGACGCCCGAAGCCUCCUUGCCGCUCGCAGGCCGCUAUCGGGAGCUGGCAGACAGUCUCCUGCAGGCACCAAGUCUGCCCUUCCUUGCCCCCCGGUUUACCUGGAGCUGGCCUACAUCCCCGGCGCUGCAAGUGCCCAGAAGGUGGAUGAGGACUUCUUCCGGCGCGUCCGGUCCCAGUGCUACGUCAUCAGUGGCGAGGACCACAUUAAAGAAGGCGUCAUGAGGGGCAUCCUGGAUGCGCUCUUGUCCGGGAAGCAGCACUGGGCAAGCGACUCCCAGGUGACCUUAAUCCCGACCUUUGACUCGCAGGCCAUGCACGAAUGGUACUUGGAGACACUGGACCGCCAGCAGGAGCUGGGUGUCACCGUCCUGGGCAGCACCAGCACAGUGGCCAUGCAGGACGAGAGCUUUCCAGCUUGCAAGGUGGAGUUCUGAAGGGCCGGCAGGCUGCAUCCGGUUCGGAGCCAAGAGCCGCUUUGAACGCCAGGGCCGGUGGCUGCGGUGGAGCUGCUCUCCAUUGCGUGCCGACGGCCGGCAUUGGCAGCUGGAGACGAGACUUUUCUGCCUUCUGGGUUAGAAAAAAGGUUGGAGACUUUUCCUGGGGCGUAUUGUAGUCCCCACAGCAAAUAGCAUUCACUGUCUGGUUUUUGCAUGUCCACCGCCAGAGCCUUGAGCCCUGGUUAAGCACACGGAAGGAGGUGGCAGAUACCGGGGGGUGGGAGGGAGGAGGGUCUUCGGGCUCAGGAGGCUGCAGCUGGACCAAGGUAUCUCCCAGCCUUGCCCAGCAUCCCCAUCAGAGGUAUCGACACACUCUUCUCCCUUGUCCUCCUCUUCUAUGCCCCCCCCGCCCCCAUUGAUGGUUUCCAGAGGCUGGAACCGAAUCUGGGUUAGUGGGCCAAGUCUUAUUGCAGAGUCACCUUCGGCUUGGCCUGCGUUCCAGCUCUUGGCAUCCUGUGAGGAAGGUUUGCACCCCCUCCCUGCAAACGGGACGGGCUGUGGGGCGGGCAUGUGCUGCCCACUGACUGUUGUCUGAUGAGCAGCGGGAACGAUUCCAGGAUGGCUGCUUUGAAGGCUGCGCGGAAACAGGGUUUCAGAGACCUUAAGUGCUACCCUUAGCUGCUCUCUCCCCAGCCAUGCCCCCCCCCCUUCAUUCCUCCCCAACCCUGGAAUGGAGCUGUCUCCCCAGAGAGGUUUGGGGUGUGGCUUGCCGUACUAUGAAUUGCUUCUACUGCAGUGGCAAUUGCUAGAGGUUUUCCUGUUUUUCCUUUGUCCGGCAUGCCCAGCGAAAGACUGUCCCUUCCAGCCUCUGAUACCCAGUCCUUUAACGAUGGGCCCAAAGCGUCUUCGCUGUUGCUGUCUGUUUGCUUGGCACCCCCCACGCAAUGGGAGAAGUAUGUUUCCUCCAGUGGAUGAGUUUGGAUGGCACAGCCCUCCUUCCCACCUUUUCAACUCCAGGGCGGGGUCCUUCUGGCCAAAGGGGAGGGCUGCAAGCAGGCUCAUCCUUAGUUAGGCCAAGCUCUCUCCCUGCAUUGGGGGGCACCUAUGGGGAGAGUCCCAGCUUUGUGAGUCUGGGAGGGAGCAAAGAGGCAGCUUUUGGGACAGUGUGCAGCAACCUGAAGCUCUUUGCGUAGGAAAUUGCAGUCUGUUUCUGUCCCCACCCCCAUUUUGACACACACUCCCGUCUUCUUCUACCUCUUCAUUUUUGAAAACUCACUAUUCGUGGAAGUGUGCUUAUCCUGGUGUUUCAUCCCCGGAGAUGACUCCAUAAAACAUGGAGCCUGCCAAGCCUGUCUUCUCCCUCUGCAGCCUGCUUUCCCUGUCUCGUUUUUAUUCCCCUUGACUUCGGUAUUUGAAGAAAAGUUGACGGCCGGCCAUGUCCCCCACCCCGCAGUGUGACACUAAACCUUGUUUUCUAAGGAAAGAAAAACGGAUUGUGUUUUUUCUCUCUCAUAAAUGUCUAUUUUGUAUUUUUUCUAAAAAAAAAGAAAGAAAAAGAAACCAAAACUGUUAAGAUAGGGGAGAUUUUAUUUAUCGGCUCAGCACUGCAAGGUGUCUGCAUAUGCUAUCCCACUUGGGCAGGGCGAGAGGUGGAUGAGGCUGGGAGCCCCUUUCCCCUGCCCUGCCCUCAUAUAACCUAAUUGGGAUCACCACCAUGUUCCAAUGUUUGUGUGAUGUGUGGUUUUUUUUUUUAGAAAACCAGUUUCGGGUCAGGUGGGGCUGCGGGAGAUUAAUGUAACCUGAAUUUGGAAAAGCAGCUGAGCAGGGUCAGAAGAAGCAAUGCAGCUCUCCACUGAGGGGGGCCUUUCAGCAGCCCCUUUCUCCGUUCUCUCUCCCCUUCCCCAAAAUGUAGGGGGAAAAAAAUGGUUGCGAUUGUUUUAUCUGUUGGUGCACGGAAGAGAGACACCCAUGUUGUUGUAUGUAGACGUGCCUGUGCGCGCGUGCCGUCUCUCACUCACUCACACGCACAUGCACACUGCACAUUCUCCUAAGCUCUUUACUGUGUUGAACCCUUUUGGGGGGGCACCCCUCAUUAAAGAGUGAAAUAACUCAAGAAG